AUGAUGCGGUCUGAUACGAAAGUCGCCUGCUUGGCAUUGGUCUUCUUGGGUCUCAUGACCUUAGGCGACUCCGUCACCGACAGCCUUUUCCCCGCUCUCGCCGAUGACGCUCAAACCCAGUCGGGUCACUGGAAUCUGGGGACCGCGGCUCUUGUGCUCAAAGGCGUGUCUGAUAUUAUAGGCCAAUUUAUGAUUGGCUAUCUUCUCAACACCAAGUCUAAACAUCAUGCCAUGAAUCUUAACGCCACGAGUAUCUUUGUCGCCAGUUUUGUCACAUUGUUGAGCUUAUGUUACGAACAGCAAUGGCCUAUCUUGGUUGCCGUAGUAGGCCCUCUAGCCCCUCAAUACCGGUUCGCAAGCUACUACUACACUGGAGCUGUUUCAGUCGUGGCUCAGGCUUUAGGUCCAUUCUUUGCGUCCAACCUCGCUGAUUCCAGUCACCUCCUACCGGGAAUACUGUCUGGAACCUGCUGCCUUAUCGGCUUUUGGAUCGUUGACUCAAUGAAAUUCACGCCUUGCGAGAGCAAUAAUUCUAGUCAUGGUGAAUCCACUUCUUUGCUGCCUAAUCACCAAAACGAUGUUGAGCUUAAGAGCCUCAACAUUUCGGUUACGGAGUACUUGUCUAGAUGCUUUGGCGAGACGUCUCUUAUCAGAACUUCGGGUCUAAUAUUUCUGCCACAAAUAUUUUUCCUCAUGGCUAUUUGCAAAUCAACUCGGCCACUUUUCAAAGCAUACAUUCAGCAUAGAGACGAUGUUAGUCCUACAGAGGCUGCGGAUUUAUGGCUUCUCCGCAGUGUCAUGAGUGUUGUCAUUUUUGGCAUCAUCUUACCAGGCAUUGUUCUGCGCACUGCACCGAGGGUCCCAUAUCCUAACAGUAUCAACCUUCACGCCGCCCGAGCCAGCGUUUUAUUUAUCUCGAUUGGUGCCUUCAUGAUAGGUCUAUCAGGUUCUCUACGUUCCAUCACAGCAGCCCUUGUGAUAAAUACUCUUGGUGUUGCAACUGAUCUGAGCCUGCUUGCCUUUGCGUCGUGUAGCUUUAGUAGCUCCGAUGCAGGAACUGUCAUGAUGACUUUGGCAUCGAUCGAGAGCGCCGGAACGUUGCUUGGAAUUGGUGUUUUAUACCCGAUCUAUCAAUGGAGUAUUAGCGAAGACCUACCGUUUCUACUAGGGGGUGUUCCUUACUACAUAUGUGGGUCUCUUUACGCAAUCACUGCCGUAGUUUUGUGGUCUUCAAGAACUAGAAGCCAAGCUACUGAGUCAUGA